AUGCUAUACAACCUUCUCGUUUCGACGAUACUCUCAGGCGUUGCAUGGGCGCAGAUCACGAACCUGAACUGUACUGAAGUGGUCGGUAAUGCCGUUAAGGCGUGUUUCAGUGACAAGAACAAUCCACAAUUGGUCCAAGUGGCAGUCGACUACUGUCCCAAGACGUGUGGUUACUGCUGCAUCACACCAGCCUUUUCAUGCGAAAACAAACAAAGUGAGUGGCAAUGUGCCAAAGCACUACGUGGAAAACUAUACUUCAGGAGGACUGCCCGAAAACGUGUGGAUUCUGUGAUGCAGUUGUGCAAAAUGGAUGCAAAAUGGAUUUUGCAACAGCACGUUCUAUUCCAAAGCAUACAAAAUGCAGUACUGUGGACGUCCAUGUGGGAUGUGCUAAAUGGGAAAGGAGGCAAGAAUUACACCUGCCCGGCUUAUCAUUGA